AUGUCUGAAAAAUUGAAGGAGUUCAUUGAUAUUCCUCAGCAGUUCAUUCGCGACGGCAACCAGUUCCUUACACGUUGCACGAAGCCAUCGCAAAAAGAGUUCAUCCAGAUCUGUAGGGCAGUCGCUGUUGGCUUUGCUGUUAUGGGUUUCAUUGGAUACUUCGUAAAACUCAUCCACAUCCCAAUAAAUAACAUUCUUGUCGGAGGGGCAUAA